AUGGGAGGCCCGGCUGUCCUCCUCGCCGUGGCUCUGGCCACCCUCCCGGUUCCAGCGUCAGGGGCACCCAUCCACAGGCAGGGGUCCCGGAACAAGCUGCUCCUGGUGAGCUUCGAUGGUUUCCGCUGGAACUAUGACCAGGACGUGGACACCCCCAACCUGGACGCCAUGGCGCUCGAUGGGGUGAAGGCUCGCUACAUGACUCCGGCCUUUGUCACCAUGACCAGCCCCUGUCACUUCACCCUGGUCACCGGCAAAUACAUCGAGAACCACGGGGUGGUUCACAACAUGUUCUACAGCACGAGCAGCAAGGUGAAGCUGCCCUACCACGCCACACUGGGCAUCGAGAGGUGGUGGGACAACGGCAGCCUGCCCAUCUGGAUCACGGCCCAAAGGCAGGGCCUGAAGACCGGCUCCUUCUUCUACCCGGGCGGGAAUGUCACCUACCAAGGCGAGGCCGUGACGCUGAGCCGGAAGGAAGGCGUCCUACACAACUACAAGGACGAGGGGGAAUGGAGGGCCAACAUCGACACUGUGAUGAAGUGGUUCACAGAAGAGGGCCUGGACCUGGUCACCCUCUACUUUGGGGAGCCAGACUCCACGGGCCACAAGUAUGGCCCCGAGUCCCAGGAGAGGAAGGAGAUGGUAAUGCAGGUGGACAGGACCGUGGGCUACCUCCGGGACAGCAUCAGGAACAGCAGCCUGGAGAGCAGCCUCAACCUGAUCAUCGUGUCCGACCACGGCAUGGGCACCGUCAACAAGAAAGCCAGCGACCUGGUGGAGUUCCACAAGAUCGCCAACUUCACCUUCAAGGACAUCGAGUUCGAGCUCCUAGACUACGGACCAAACGGGAUGCUGCUCCCCAAGGAAGGCAGGCUGGAGAAGGUAUACGAGGUCCUCAAGGACGCCCACCCCAGGCUCCACGUCUACAAGAAGGAGCUCUUCCCCAAGUCCUUCCACUACGCCAGCCACCCCAGGAUCACCCCCCUGCUUAUGUACAGUGACAUCGGCUAUGUCAUCCAUGGGAGACUGAACGUGCAGUUCAACAACGGGGAGCACGGCUUCGACAACAACGUCAUGGAGAUGAAGACCAUCUUCCGGGCCGUGGGCCCCAGCUUCAAGAGGGGCCUGGAGGUGGAGCCCUUUGAGAGCAUCCACGUGUACGAGCUCAUGUGCAAACUGCUGGGCAUCGUGCCCGAGGCCAAUGACGGGCUGCUCAGCACCCUGCUGCCCACGCUCCAGGAGGCCAGCACCUCGCUGACCACGACCCCCUCAGGUGCACCCCUACCCUCCACCUGCACCCACUGCGCCCCCAGGCAGCUGCAGCUGGCUCCAGGCUGCCUGGGACGCCCGGGCACCGAGCCCGUGGGUCCUCGCCGCCCGGGCCACACGCAGCUCCCGCUUCUCGAGACCCGGCCUGGGACCUCCGCCAGGCCUGGCGCCGAGGAGGUCGGAGAAAUGGGGCGCGGGAUCUCAGCUGACGGCACCAUGGGCCAGGCCUCGGGAGACAGCUGA